GAAAGCACCCGCCAGGUGUUGCCGUGAGCUCGACUGGGCUAAACACGAAACUUCACAAGCUUUGUGGCUUAAGAGGAGCCCCCUCCCCUCCCAACCCUACCUUUCCUUGGUGUUCAAAGCACAGCAGGUGUCGAGCGCCCCCUGUGUGCGAAGCUCGGUAACAGGCAAGUGACGACAGUAGCGUCUUGCUCUUUCCAAGCCGCUUACGCUUUCUACUGUUUUCACGACCACUCUUCUCCUACCUCAAGGUCACAAGGGCUCAGCCGCGGAUGAACCUGAGUCUGGAAACUUCAAGUUCUUUACCACAGUCCUCGUUCCGAGGGGAAGGAGGAGCCCCGGGGAUGAGCGCCGGGCUCCGGGACCCCAGCUGAAGUGGCUACGGCGUCCGGGAAGGGUCGCUCGGCUCCUCCGACGGCUUCCCUUUCCUCCAAUCACCGCCUGAGGCCCUCCUCCGCCCCUUCCGUCGCCGGAAGGAGCCGUCGCCCCGAGCAACCGCAACGUCCGGCUUUCUGAGUUUGGCGGCGGGAAAGGUCAUGAGUAAAGGCCGGGCGGAAGCUGCGGCGGGAGUACCCGGGAUCCUCCUGAGGUACCUGCAGGAGCAGAACCGGCCCUACAGCGCCCAGGACGUGUUCGGGAACCUGCAGCGGGAACACGAACUGGGCAAGGCGGCGGUGGUGAAGGCGCUGGAGCAGCUGGCCCAGCAAGGCAAGAUCAAAGAGAAGAUGUACGGCAAGCAGAAGAUCUAUUUUGCGGAUCAGGGCCAGUUUGACAUGGUGAGUGAUGCUGACCUCCAAUGCCUGGAUGCCAAAAUCGUGGCCCUCACUGCUAAGGCGCAGAGCUUGCAGCAGAACUGCCGCCAAAUGGAGGCUGAGCUGAAGGAGUUAACCAGUGCCUUGACCACACCGGACAUGCAGAAAGAGAUCCAGGAGUUAAAGAAGGAAUGUGCUGGCUACACAGAGAGACUGAGGAACAUCAAAGCAGCCACCAAUCAUGUGACUCCAGAAGAGAAAGAGCAGGUAUACAAAGAGAGGCAGAAAUACUAUAAGGAAUGGAGGAAGCGGAAAAAGAUGUCUACAGAACUGUCUGAUGCAAUUCUUGAAGGAUACCCGAAGAGCAAGAAGCAAUUCUUUGAGGAAGUUGGGAUAGAGACAGAUGAAGAUUACAACGUCAAGCUCCCAGACCCCUGAGGGGCCCUCUGUUGGUGCUAGGGGAUGGGAACAUAGAAAUGCCCUGGACUGGCUACCUUGUUUAGGUUGGCUUUUGUUGUUGUUCCUGGUGCUUUCCAGGGUUGAGCAGAGCAGUCAGACACAUAAACUAGAGUAUUGGGUGGAGGGAGUGAGGACUGGUGACCAGGAGUGGAUGGUCACGCCCAUUUCAUUGUCAUGGUUUGAGCUUAACACUUAGACUCGGAACAGCGCUAAAGGAAAGCAUUUGGCAAUAUUUAUUGUAAUAUAAUUUGAUAUAAAAAUAUUUAAUUUCCUCUGGAAAAUUAAACCUCCCAGACAUAAAACCUGUGAAAGGCAGAAGGGAGCUUGGGGGACAAGAAUAGAGAGAGACUACUAUACACCAGCAUUUGAAGAGCCCAAGGCUUUAACCAGGAUUCUCUGGGCUUAGGCACCCCAGGAGAAAUUUUGAGUAUCUUUACUCUUUCACCCCACCUCCAAGUCCUAGGAGAAACGCCGGCAACACUGAGAGAUGGCAGAGAUCCAAAUACACUUGACGGAAAGGCUGGGGUGGUUUUGAGGCCCAGGUGAUUUUCCAAAAUUGUAACUUUAGCAAAAUUGCAUUGUUGGUGUUUAGAAAAAUAAAAAUUUCA